UCCACACUUGGGCCGCGGUGGUACGGUCCGACCAGAACAAUGGCGGGGGGGGGGAAAACCACGACGCCUAACAUACCCCGCUACCGAGGCCGCGGUGGUACAGUCCAGACUAAGGCAGUGGGCGGGGAACGCUGAAGCCCAACAUAACCGCCCCCUCCCCCCAACCUGAGCCGCAGUCCUACGGUCCGAACCGGAACAAUGGGCGGGGGACGCUGACGCUCGAUACACCUCCCCCAACGGGGGGGGGUGGUACGGUCCGAACUAGGACAGUGGGCGGGGGAGGCCGUCGCCAGUCACACCCCCUCCCGCCUGGGUCGCGAUGGUAGGGUCCGGACUAAAACAAUGGUCGAAGGUCGCCGUCGCCAAGCAGCGCGACUGCGUUUCCAGUUCCGACUCGGCGGCCGGGAAGCCCUGGGGCCCGGGACCUCGAGGAGCGCGGGUCGCGCCGCCACAGGGACCGCUGUCGGCUCUGGGAGCGUCGCUUCCGGCGCGUCGCUUCCGGCCGGUUGCGGGCACCUCCGUCUGAGGCGCGGCCCGCCCCCGGCCCGGCGGCCGCGUAGAGCGGGGCGGAGGGACGAUGGCCGCCCCACGGUGAGGCGCUGCCCGCCCGGCCUCCGCUCCACACAGGACGGAAGGCUCUGCUCGGGCCUUCCUUCCGCGAUGCGGCCUCUCCUGCACCCCAGCCUCACGCCGAGCCCUCGGGGCGUGGGAGCCUACCCUCCGCGGCCGCCAGGCCCCGUGCCGGGCGCGCCCCGGCCAGCAGCAGGCGGCCCCGGUCGUUUCCCCGGAGGCCGCCCUCUCCGACGCGCGGUCCGCGGCCCACUUUAAACGCCGCGCGCCCUUAAGGCCCCGAAGUGAGGCGGGGUCGCCCGGUGUCGAGAAGGCGCCGCGCCCCCCACCCGCCCUGCCCGGAGACCUCGCCCCCUCGGCGCUCCCCGAAGUCGGGUGGCCCACCUAGUGGGGUGGGCGCCCUGUCCACGGCUGCGAGCGGCCCGCGCGGUCGCCGAUGCUCGGCGCUCUCCCACCCCCGGCUGUGCACGGAGACCCCGCGCUGGCUGUCUUCCCGCGGCCCCGCUGCGACCGGUGGGUGGAGAGACCGCGGCGUGGGGGAAGGGGCCCCCUGGUCCCGCAGCACGGCGUCCCGUUAUGCGCCCCGGAAUAGGGGCCGUUUUCCCGCCGGAGAGCAGAGGCUCGGGCGCGCUCGCGCCUGGAAGGCUCCCCCGGCCCUCUAGCUUCCGGGCUCACGUCGGGGGCGGGGGGCGUCCUCGAUGCCUCGGGGCUUUGUCUAGGGGUGGGUGGCCGGUUUACGCGGAAAACGCUGAAUAAAAAAACGGUAAAGGUUGCCUCCGAUGGUCGCCUGUUGCUGUCGGGACCCGAGCCCGCCCCGCUGGCCUGUUCCCAGUCCCUCUCCUCCGAGAGGCCGGCCCGGCCCACCCCGAGGCCUUCGCGCUCGCCGUGCCGCUCACGUCCCCGCUCCGAGAGACCCCUCGCCUUUGGGCCGGUAGCACCGGCCCUUGUUCUCCACCUCGCCGGGCCCGCCCUUUCCCACGAGCCUGCGGCUCCCGGAGUCGCCCUCCCACUCCAAAAUCCCGCCUCGCACACCCGAAGGCGCGGGACGCACCCGCGGCCGCGCGUCCUCGCUGCGGGGGCCGAUGGGGGGGGCGUGUCACGGUUUCCGGGCUUCUCGAGUUUUAUGCCCCCGAGGCGGACACGGCCCCGGAGCGAACCCAGGACAAGAACUGCUUGUCUCUGAAAGCUCCUUGAGUCGCGUGGUUUAAGAAAGAAGAACAGGCCGUGCAAACAUGAACUGGAGUCCAGGAAGGCAUCUGUGACCCCACCAGGACUUGGCUUGAGCCUGCGUCCCCUGGCGAGGGGCGAGUGACGGCCACCACUCCCCGGGUGGUGCAGGCCUUCACCCGGGAGCCAGCCCGACCCAUGCUGCCCACGGUCCGGAGGAGACAAGCAUGUCAGCCUCAGCGAAACCCUCGGCGCCGGCAGAGCUGGCCCCUGGCCCCGAGGACCAGCCCAAGGGGAAGCCGCUCCUCGGCUGGGGCUCUCUCUUCGGCCCCCGCAGCGAGAAGAUUGUUUUCAGCAGGAGUGAGGGCGCCCCCGAGGAGAACGUGCUCACCAUCACCAUCACGGAGACCACGGUCAUCGAGUCGGACCUGGGCGUGUGGAGCUCCCGGGCUCUGCUCUACCUGACGCUGUGGUUCUUCUUCAGCUUCUGCACCCUCUUUCUCAACAAGUACAUCCUGUCCCUGCUGGAAGGGGAGCCCAGCAUGCUAGGUGCUGUGCAGAUGUUGUCAACUACGUUUAUUGGAUGCAUUAAAAUAUUUGUUCCUUGCUGUUUAUAUCAACACAAAACCCGGCUUUCUUAUCCCCCCAAUUUCAUCAUGAUCAUGCUGUUUGUGGGUCUAAUGAGGUUUGCGACGGUGGUUUUGGGUCUGGUCAGCCUGAAAAACGUGGCGGUUUCGUUUGCUGAAACAGUGAAGAGCUCUGCUCCCAUUUUCACCGUGAUUAUGUCCCGGAUGAUCCUCGGGGAGCACACGGGGCUGCUGGUCAACCUCUCGCUCAUCCCCGUCAUGGGAGGCCUGGCACUGUGCACGGCAACGGAGAUAAGCUUCAACGUCUUGGGGUUUUCGGCCGCGCUGUCCACCAACAUCGUGGACUGUUUGCAAAAUGUUUUUUCAAAAAAGCUCCUCAGCGGGGACAAAUACAGGUUCUCGGCCGCGGAGCUCCAGUUCUACACCAGCGCGGCGGCCGUGGCCAUGCUGGUCCCCGCCUGGAUCUUCUUCAUGGACUUGCCGGUGAUUGGGAGAAGUGGGAAGAGCUUCAGUUACAGUCAGGACGUCGUGUUGCUGCUGAUGAUGGACGGCGUCCUGUUCCACCUGCAGAGUGUCACGGCCUAUGCCCUCAUGGGCAAAAUCUCCCCCGUCACUUUCAGUGUCGCCAGCACCGUGAAGCACGCCUUAUCCAUCUGGCUCAGUAUUAUAGUGUUUGGCAACAGAGUCACCAGCCUGUCAGCCAUCGGCACCGUCCUAGUGACGGCUGGCGUCCUGCUCUACAACAAAGCCAAGCAGCGCCAGCGGGAGGCCAUGCAGAGCCUGGCUGUGGCCGCCAGCCCAACGCCAGAGGACGAAGCGGAGCCACUGACCCCCAAGGACCCCAGACCACACCACUGAGCUCUGGAAGCUGCGGCAGGUGGCCAGGGCCCCCAAGCCGCUGCCCACUGCUGCUGUUCCCCUCACCGACGCAGACACUCGGCCUCCUUGGGUCAAUGGGGUGCAGGAGGCCACGGGACGGGCCGCCAUCGCUGCUCCCAUUUCAGGUUUUCAGUGAAAACCAAUGGGAGCUUGAACGGGGAUCCCAGAUGUCCGCUUCCUGGGGUGGAGACCGGAGCCAGCUGCCGCUGAGCCACGGCCAGAUAAUGUGAAAUCUGCCUCCUGCUGACCCUGUGCUGAGCACUUGCGAGGGGGUGGGACUUCCAGAUGGCCUCUGCACCCCCGUCACCAGCGUGCAGGUCUGGUUGCAGUUAGGCCACGCCCUCGUUCUCUGUGUGUGACAGCUACUGGGGACCCCUGUGAAGUGACAGCUGGAUCCGGGUGCCAACGCGCACUGCUCCCCGCUGCUCGGUGCCAGCACAGAGAGCUCAGCUCCCCCUGCUCGCCGUCAAAGGCCCGUGAAGGCACACUCUGCUCCUGGGCCAUCUGGGGAGACGGUCAUGCUGAGAGAGGGCCAAGGCGCCCACGGCCUGGGCCGGAGGCCACAGCAGCUGAGUGCACAGGGCUAGUAGAGUGGAAAGGGAUCAGACGGGCACAUUAGUGAGGGUCCCUGCUCCUGUGGGCAGGAUGUUGGGCCCUUGCCUUCCUGCCCCAGAGCUGCCAGCAUCCAGCACCACUUAGGGAAAGGUGCCCCGCCCCUUUCAGGGUCUCCACCGCACUAGGCCCUCCACCUCCCGAGAGUCCCAACCCUCACCUGUGGCUGGCGCUUCAGUCAGGGACCCCCGAUGUGGUGAUUGCUGGUCACAGAGGUAGAGGACAGACAUCUGUAGUGUUUAACUCAGGAUGGGGACAUACUGACCUUCCCUUUUGUUUUCUGGGCCUUUGUGUGUAACAGAGGCUGUUCUGAAGGGUUCCCUGCAGGUGCCCCUGCCAUCACUCACCUGGUCGGGAGCCACGCCAUUAUUUUGUCUCAAGCACAAGGGUGUUAAGGUUUUCUCUCAUGAAUGAAUGAGCAGGUGGAGUGCUGGGAAGAUCUUUUGGAGUGUUUAUGGCUUUUGUCACACUGCAUUUAAAAUGACUGUGAAGGUGUUAAAGAAGAAAACCCAGGCACGGGUGGCUUCUGGAAAGCACCCCGUAUGGCAAGUAACCCGUACUGAACCCACAGCCUGGCUCAGCCUGGCUCUCCCCUCCCAGAGCGAUGGACCCACCACGCUGGGUAUCUGAGCCCUGUGUCGGGUUGAGGCUCCUGACCUCUUCACCCUAUUCCUCUUCCCACAUCCUGGUGGGGUUUCUGAUCGGGGCACGUCCGCUGCCAGCCAGGCUUUAAUACCUCUCUGUGGCACCAGGUUCAAGCUCUGGGGUGUGUCAUGUGCAGCCCAACACAGAGGAUGAGGUUGGCCACACGGCUGUCUGGGGCCUGCCUGCUGCAGCUGAGUGAACCAGCCGGCAGGAGCGCUUCAGGCACUGGUGGUUCCCUCAUCUGAUUUCCCCUCCCUGCCGUUCAGGUCCUUGGUUCCCAUUAUCUUUUCACUGGUUUUCCAGUUGACUGGUCAACUGGAAAAUAUAUUAAAAAAGGCCCUCCUGGAGAUCAAAUCUCUUGGAAACAAAGAGCAAUAAUAAGUCUCAUUAAGUUCUGCCUACUUGAAAAAGUUUGCCAUGAUGAUGGGUUAAACUGAGGCCUUUAAAACUGUAACCUUUUUAUGAAGCGGACUUCCUAUGUCCAGAGCACAGGCAGGGGUGUGCUCGCCCGCACGCCACGCUCACCUCCACUGUGAAGACGUUUCUCCUGAGACUUUCCCCAGGUUUCUAUCCCUUCCUCUCUCCUUCCUCCACAAAAAACACCGAAGAGUACUUGCUGGAGGCGGCUUGGGCAGCGGGAUGUGCUGGGUCUGUGAGGCCCAGUGGGAGAGGACAGCUUCCAGAGGGCCCUGCCUCUGCCCUUAACAAUGUGGCUGCUGUGGCCGGCUGUGGCCAGCUGCUGACAAGAUGUGAGCAGAGAAGGAGACACGUCUACGGUCAUCCUGUUGCAAGAUUGUCACGAUGGCCUUCUCACAGACGUCCUCAUCCAAGUAACCAGGUAGGCGGCACCUGCUUCUGAGCCUCGUUAGGGACCCGGGUCCGAGUCUCUUCUGGAACCAGCGCCCUGCACACCACAUGUGCCCCGCCUCCUGUCACAAGUGGUUUUCUGCCGGUUUUGAUUUUCCAAAUUCUUGGACCAGAAACAAAAUGAAGAUUUCUCCAAAUUAUUAGUAAAUGAGGUAAUUUCCAACAAAGCUGCUUUUGAAACAUUUCCUAAGAACCCAAGCUGUGGCCAGCACUGCCCGUGCCUGGGGCUUACAUUCCUUCUUUGUAUGGUCUCCACCCUGAAGCCGUCCGUGUCCUGCAUGUCCAGGACAACCCUGCCAGGAGACAAAACAUGGCCUGUCGUGGCCGUUUGUUUAACGAAUGUACAGACAUACGUUUUUUAUUAACUUUGUGUAGUAGUGUUUAUAGUAUGUUUAUAAUACAUUGCAAACAUGCUUGUGUCAUUGUCGUCACUUACACGGGUCAUUUCCUAUGUCCAUGGUCAUUGUCUGUGCCUUUGUAAAGAAACACUUCAAACAGGUGUCAGGUUGGGUCGGGUCGAUACCUUACCUACGUCGAUACUUCUAAAUAUACAUGUAUCUGACUUUCAAGGAAACUUCCACCAUGAGUGGCAUAAAAACCUUGGGUUUUUUGUUUGUUUUUUUUUUUUUCCGACAGUCACAGUUGCAUGUCAUCGUUAAAAUAAUCUGCCCUGGAAAGCUGAGAAUAUUCUUGCACAAUCCAAAAAUGUGUCUUUAAUUUGAGAAAAAUAGGCAUGGUGAAUCCAAAGCGGUAAAAUGCUGCACAAAGAGUAUCAAACGAAGUUGUGCUUGUAGCCCAUGCUGGAGAUUCUUUUCCCAAAACCAGUGAGUUUUGCUUGUGAACGGUCACUUGGACAGACCAGUAGGUUUGACAGACGCAUAUCAUGGCUUUUUACAUCUGUCUGAGUGUCGUGCUUUCCUAAGGCCUGGAACAUUUUCAGUUUCCCUGGGUUGGAAAAAUUAAUCAAGGACGCUACUGCAGAUAGAAUUCUUUUGCCUUUGACCGUCAUACUAAGGGCUUUAUUCUUUCACAAAAUCCGUACAUGCUCUGGCUGAAGCGUCUUCAUUUCCUUAGUUUACAACUAUAAAUGCCCCAGCCCCCCUGGUCAAUCUGCCUGUUUCCCUGUGUCCUGGCUGGUGAGCCAAGAGCAGAGGUGAGGUUGUGCUGACCACCCUCCGGCUCAGGUGGAAAACCUUCGAUUUUGCUGUCCUUGAAGAGUUUCUUCCAGUUUUCCUGAGGGUUCUGAUUCUGAGUUUGAUGGCCACUGGAUCCGUGCCCAGAUUUCCAAACAGAGCUGGAAACUGUCCUAACUGGUAGAAUCUUUCGUUGUCUUUUUUGUUUCUGUUUCAUUGGAGUAAAACCUGCAUUCACCUGAUUGGCCAUUUCUAGUCUUUGCAGAUGUGUGAGUGGAGUCUGAACCUGCCCAGGGGGUGUUGUGGGACCCACGAGGAGGGCCACAGUCACCGUGACUUUCCCACACUGAAAAACUUGAAAAUCCUAUCAGUAAUUGUCUGCAUCAGAACCAAGUGCGAUCUGCUUCAUACCAAACGAAACUGUGGACAACUGAAAGCGCAUCGUACAAGAUGUGUAUCGUGUUCUUGUAUUUCACCUAAUUCAGUAUUUGAGUGACUAAAUCAGUACUUUCUAGAAAGUGGUUCUUUAAAUAAUUUAGUGAGUCACUGUUAAGUCUACUGUGGUAAUAAACUGAUGCCUCUUGGCUCUUUUUGUCUAAAUUAAGCCACUUGGUAGCGACUACCUAGGACUCUGGUUCUCUCAAAAUACAAUAAAUGUUAACAGUGCCUGC